AUGCUGCCCAUCACAGACCACCUGCUGCACCUGCUGAGGCUGGAGAAGACAUCGUUUCGCGUCUACACCGUGUCCGCCCUCCUCCUCUCCCUCCUCUUUUUCCUCUUCCGCCUGCUGCUGCAGUUGCUGAGGUUCUGCUGGCGUUUCCACCUCACCUGCCGCCGGCUGCGCUGCUUCCCCCAGCCGCCGCGGCGGAACUGGCUGCUGGGCCACCUGGGCAUGUUCCUCCCGAACGAGUCAGGCCUGCAGGAUGAGAAGAAGGUUCUGGACAGCUUGCACCAUGUGGUUCUCGUGUGGCUUGGACCUGUCCUGCCGCUGCUCGUCCUGGUGCACCCGGACUACAUCAAGCCCGUGGUGGGUGCCUCCGCUAUGGUGGCUCCUAAGGAUGACUUCUUCUACGGCUUCCUGAAACCUUGGCUGGGGGACGGGCUGCUUCUCAGCAAAGGGGCCAAGUGGAGCCGACACCGCCGCCUGCUGACACCCGCCUUCCACUUUGACAUUCUGAAGCCCUACAUGAAGAUCUUUAACCAGAGCACAGAUACCAUGCAUGCCAAGUGGCGACGCCUGGCCAAGGGCUCCUCGGUGGUGUCUCUGGACAUGUUUGAGCACGUCAGCCUCAUGACCCUGGACAGCCUGCAGAAAUGCGUCUUCAGCUACAACAGCAACUGCCAGGAGAAGAUGAGUGACUAUAUCUCAGCCAUCAUCGAACUGAGCGCACUGGUCGUGCGGCGCCAGUACCGCCUGCAUCACUACCUGGACUUCGUGUAUUACCACCUCACUGCUGACGGCCGACACUUCCGCCGAGCUUGCAAUAUUGUGCACCGCUUCACCACCGAGGUCAUCCAGGAGCGCCGGAGGGCCCUGUGCCAGCAGGGCACCCAGGCCUGGCUGAAGGCCAAACAGGGCAAGGCCUUGGAUUUCAUUGACGUGCUGCUCCUGGCGAGGGAUGAAGAUGGGAAGGAGUUGUCCGAUGAGGACAUUCGUGCCGAGGCGGACACGUUCAUGUUUGAGGGACACGACACAACCUCCAGCGGGCUCUCGUGGGUGCUCUUCAACCUGGCCAAGCACCCGGAGUACCAGGAGAAGUGCCGGGAAGAGAUCCGUGAGGUUAUGAAGGGUCGGGAGCUGGAGGAGCUGCAGUGGGACGACCUGACCCAGUUACCCUUCAUCACCAUGUGCAUCAAGGAGAGCCUGCGCCAGUUCCCGCCCGUCACACUCGUUUCGCGCCGCUGCACAGAGGAUGUCAAACUCCCGGAUGGACGCGUCAUCCCUAAAGGAAUCAUCUGCUUGGUCAGCAUCUACGGGACUCACCACAACCCCACAGUGUGGCCCGACUCCAAGGUGUACAACCCCUAUCGCUUUGACCCCGACACCCCCCAGCAGCGCUCUCCGCUGGCCUACGUGCCCUUCUCCGCGGGACCCAGGAAUUGCAUCGGACAGAGCUUCGCCAUGGCUGAGAUGCGCGUGGUGGUGGCGCUCACGCUGCUGCGCUUCCGUCUGAGCGUGGAUAGAACGCGCAAGGUGCGGCGGAAACCCGAGCUCAUUUUGCGCACGGAGAACGGCAUCUGGCUCAACGUGGAGCCGCUCACUCCUCGGGCCUGA